AUGGAUGAAGACACUAAUUUAUUACAAGCUUGGUUUAACAAAAUAAUAGAUAUGUCUUCAAAUAGAAAAAGAUCUAAAGUCGUCGCCGAAAUGUGCGAUAAAUGGGACUACGUACCUGCGCUUAAAAAAAUAAAAGUUAAGAAGGAAACGAAAGAAUAUCUCGGACUAACACAGAGGUUUGAAGCAGCAGUAAACGAUGUUCUAGCUGGAGCAGAAGAGAAAUUAAUCGCUAAGAAUUAUGAACUUGAUUUCGAGACACUGUGUGACGAAGUAUGCCGCUUCAAAAAUUCUGGAGCGAAGAUAUACGAGUACAAUGGAACCGGAAGAAUUUUCUCGUUUAAAGAGGAAUUACUGUUAUUGAAGAUCUUGGCCGCAAUUCCACAAGCCCAUUGCAUAUGUCAGACCUGCACGUUAGAACGACUGCCAUAUAUAGCUUAUCAUAUGGCUCGAAAGAAAAAUAAGAUAUAUCCGCGUGAGUGGGAUGUAAAUCAACGAGCGGGAAAAGGAUGGCUGAUAAAUUUCGAAAUAGAAUACGAUUAUGAGAUCUUGAAUUCAUUCCCGGCUGUAUGUAAGCUGACACAAAAUAAUCCGAGCGAAGUAAACGAAAAAAAUAAGAAACAAAAGAUAUAG